CUGCUGCUGCACGGCGGGCAGUGCGAUGUAAGAGAGGGAGGAUGCGUCGCCCUCGGGAAAACGACGACGAAGGGUGCUGGAGUAAAGAUGAACGCCGGAAGGCGACGAAUGCCUUGAGCUCUCCCCGCUGGAAACCCGGUGGAUUGUGUGCGCAAGGGUCCAUCCUCUUUACAAUUCCUCGUCCGUAAGAGGAGCGAGGAGCUCGGUGUCGAAGACAAAGACGAGGGGGUUGGCGCGCGAAAGGGGGUGAAAGGAGCGAGGGAGAGUCGGAGGACUCUCUCCCGAGAUAGAGAGGUGCGGUUGAACCCGAGGGUAGGUGAAAAAGCGAGAGGGAGAUAAGGAGAUAAGGAAGAUGGGCGAGAGCUCGCCGGAUCUCAGCCUCCGGCUACGCCAGGGCAGCUCUGACUCCAGAGACUCCUUCUACAUGGACUUCGCACAGGGUAUCGAUUCCGAUAUCGAGGAGGUGACGCGACCAGGCGAUAAUAAUUCCGAUUCCAUGUUGGAAAACCAUCUUGAGGAGAACGGGAACGACUUGCCGCCGAUCGAGGACAUUACGACAAUCCCUGAGGAAGCCUCGGAAGAACUAAGGGAGGAGGAGGAGGCGGCCGCGUUGGAGGCCGCGCUUCGAACGCCAGACGGUGGCACGAUUAGCACGGAAAUCGAGAAACCGUCGACCGCGACACUUUUGCACGAUUGGCCAGGACUGCCGGUCGCGCUACCGUCACCAGCCUCACCAUCGGCAGUAAUCGUCUCGCCGGAAACGCUGUCUAGACAUAGCAGCAGCUCACCUUCUCGCGUUCACCGGCCACCCCAGUUCGCGUUGGCCCUACCAUGCUCCUCGCAACCGAUUCCGGCAGUCUGCUAUCCAGCGCCGACCUUCCUCGAGGUCACCGACGAGCGGAAGUGGAAGAACCUUGGCUGCGACGCCCUGGCGACCACUUUGAGCGCGCUGUACGGGAAACUUCUGGUUGUGAUGGGGAUCGCCUUUCCCAUGGCGGAAGUAAUAUCCACGUACAUACCGCCGUCCUUCUACGAGGCUUUCUAUCUCUACCUCUACUUCGGCAGCAUGAUCUUCCUCGUGUACAUGUACGCCAUGCUGUGCAGCAAGACGAAACCAACAGAGAAGCAAAAGGACGUGUGCGAUCUGGACUCGUCGAGAUCGUCGAGCGGCACCGGCAGCGAUGCGCCUGAGACCGGAUGCCCGCAUAUGAUGAACCCGAUACGUCCGGUCCAGCACUAUGGCAGUUUCUAUCUGCGAAUGGGCGCCGUGGCAUUCGGUAUCGGCUCGAUGAUCUACUCAGGCCUGGAAUUCGGCCAGUACUUCGAGCUGGAACAGAACACCAAGUGUCACAACAUCAUGCUGGCCCUCACGCCCGCCACGAGAAUGGCCUUCAUCUUCAUCCAAAUGUACUUCAUAUUCCUGAACAAUGAGGAUAAGUUCCUUAAGCAAAUGAAGGUUUAUCGCCAUCGGGUCGUUGCACGUUUUGGACUAAUGCACAUGAUCGGCACGAAUCUAUCAGUUUGGCUGAACGUUCUCGUGCAGGAAACGAAACACGAAAUCCUCACGUUCUACAAUCCAGAAAACAAUUCCCUCAGAAUCUCCCAUAGACUAGGCUCGAAGGGAGCUUAUCUCGGUGGUCACAUUCAUGCUCAUCACGGGGAACACGUGCGAGUGCCGCGCGGUCUCAAGGGUCCUCAUCACAUGUUCGAGUGUAGAAGGACGAAUAUAAUGGGAUCGUUGGUGCAAGAUGCCAGUCCCUUCCUUUUUCCGUGCACGAUAGAAUACAGCCUGAUUUGCGCGGCCAUUUUAUACGUAAUGUGGAAAAACAUAUCGAAAGUAGGAUUCACGCAGCCCGCGACGCCGCCGCGUCACCACGCGCACGCCUACAGGAAAUCGCCGCACCACUACAGCGUGGACUGCGCCCGCGCGCACAAGGGCCUUUUCGUGGGCAUUUUGAUUCUAGUGUUGACCAUAAUCUCUCUCAUACUCUUCUUCGUUCUCAUUUCGCGGCCCGAGCUGACCAGCCUCGCCGUGACCGAAGUGAAUAUCUGCGAGUUGACGCUCUACGGGAUGUCGACCCUGGCGACGCUGAUCGGCAUGUUCCAGAUGCGCAAACUGCGCUACGACGGCGGCAGAAAUCUGGAGCUCGACAACAUCCUUCUGGUAGCCGCUCAGACCGGCAUGUUUAUAUACUCCACGUUCACCAUCAUCGGCGGCCACUUCACUCUACAGAAGCACACGGUGCUCGUGUUGGUCACCGCUUUAGCCAGUGUCGUCCAGACCACCUGCCAGACUAUCUUUAUCCUGGACGCGUCGAGACGCACGGUCGCCACCGCCGAACAGAUACGCAGGAAGCCGGGCAGAGAGAUCGUGACGUUCCUGCUGGUGACAAAUCUGGCUAUGUGGGCGAUCAACACGCUGGAGAAGUCACGGGCGGAGUCGCAUCCGGUGCAGUUACACUUCUACGGCCUGUGGGCGUGGACGAUCAUCACCCACGUCUCGAUGCCGCUAGCGAUCUUCUACAGGUUCCACAGCACCGUGUGCCUGUGCGAGGUGUGGAAGCGGGCCUACAAGGUGAAACCGACCUACAUGUGACGCAAGGGGUCCCGCGAGAUUAUAUGGAAGACCGGUGGAAUCUCGCAGCGGGCAAAGAGUCAACUCUCGAGGCUCGACGCCAUCGCGGAGAACGAUCCGGCGUAUUUCAUAUGAUCAAUAAAGACAAAGUCGAGAAGUCACGAAAAUCGUUUCGAAGGAGAGACAUUCGUCGGUCGACGUUACAAGAAGUAGACAUCGAUAGAUAACGGGCAGAAUUUUUCUAGACGCGUCCAAACAUGAUGAACACGCAUUAAUACAAUAAGUACACACGACAGCUCAUACGCACACAAUUUGUAUCGAUUUUCGGUAUAUAUUUCGAACAGCUAACGGUAUAUAAUAAAUAUAAUAGAUCCGGGAUUUCUAUAAGGGCGUUUCGAUAUUACAUACGUAAUCUCAGCGCAAUUAGAGAAGACGUCGGCAGAAAGGUACUCAUUAAUGCUAAUUGUCCUAAACAGUAGGUUACUUCGCUAUUUAUCAACGGUCAGUGUUCUAACUAACCAUGUACGAAUUUAUUUCAUUAGUAUAAACGUUGGCGACUCCAUAGAGUUUACACAGCGCCAUUGUGUAUAAGACUAAUAUUACUUUCUAAAAUCACCGUCUCGCGCGCAGAAGAAAUAUCACUAUGGUUCGCAUAAAAAAAAAAACAAUUUUAGCAAACUCUAUAGAAAUGCUGUAUUGAGAUCGUAUUGCUGAUUUAUCGAAGCACGAUAUCAUGUAUCGAUCUCUUUAAUCUUUUGACCACUUUUUAGAGAUUUCGACGUAAGUAACCCUAUUAUCUGUCAUUAAUAUUUAUAAAUAGCUUCUAACGACUUCAUGGCACUGUAAAAGAACUAAGCAAGACAAAAGAUCAUAAUGACAUCAAAAUGACAAUUGAUUAU